AUGACCACUUCUCAUAGACCCACAUUCGAAACAAGAAAGGGAAGAGACCUUCAACCAACUUCUAUAGUUCAUUCUAGAAGUAUAGCAGCUCAUAAACAAUUAAAAUAUAGGAAAGUUAAUAAUAAUACCACAGGGAUUAAUCAAGAUGAUGCAAAGGAGAAAUUUAAUGAAUUAAAGAAAGAUUUGAUACAAAGAGAAAAAUUACAUUAUGGUGAUAAGCAAGGUGAUCAUGGUGAACCAUUAAGGAUUAAAGAUCAAGAUCAAGAAGAAACUUUUGAAGAAAGAAGAAGAAGAGUUGCUUCUGAAAUUAAAGAUUUAGAUGAUAGUAGUGAAGAGGAGGAGGAAGAGGAAGAUAGUGAUGAUAGUGAAGAAGAUGGUAGUGACAGUGACAGUGACGAUGAUGAAGCUGAGUUAUUAAAAGAAUUAGAACAAAUUAAAAAAGAACGUGCAAAAGCUGCUGAAGAUGAAGAACUACGGAAAAGGGAAUUAGAAGUUAUGAAUUCAAAUCCAUUAAUAAAUAUAACCCCUAUUGAAGGGGGUAAUAAAAUACGAAAGAAUUGGAGACAAGAUAAAGUUUUCAAUUUUAAGAAUAAUCAAGAAAAAUCCAAGACUGAUGAUGAUUAUGUUAAUGAUUUACUUAGAUCUGAUUUCCAUCAAAAGUUUUUGAAUAAGUAUGUUAAAUAA